AUUGUCAUGUGACCUUCGAUGUCAUCAUAAACACAAAAAUCACACACACACACACACACACACACACAAACAAACAAACAGAUAAAAGCAACCGCACUAACGGCAAAAUGCAUAUCAGUAAAGUUAAUUGAAUAAGUAAUGUAGGCAGUGCUAGGAGGCAAAUUCGUUGCCGUUAGCUUGGCCGAUGCUAAGGCAUGAUGGAGAUAAAAAAAAAAAAAGGUUUCAAACGCCGUGACAACUGUUUACUUGUUUAAACCUUCAACAGGUUAACAAUUUAUUCCGACACUAUUAAACAAGUCCUGCUUAACCAAGGUCUAAUACUUAAUAAAAGCUGACACGCUGUCUUCGGCCUUUCUUUCUGAGUUCGUCCGCACCAGUCCCGUUGCAUUAUGGGAUUUUUUGACUCUCGUACUGUCCAUCGGUUGCAUACUGCAAAAUCUCACCGGAAGCAGUACAUCAUCCGGGUAUUCCUCACAUACUGUUUCUCGCCUACUGAGAAUUCGGACAUACCACCCCUCUGAUGUACUGCUUUUCGCCUACUGUGUUGGGUAGUGCGCCAUUUUGGACACUGCCUACCUUUACAGUCCCUUCAGUAUUUAGCGAUUUAGCGAUCGUAGAAAUUAAUGCAAAAUCAAGCAAACCCCGUAAUAUUCAGAGGACCGUGCAAUUUUUCAAAAUUUCCACAUAUUUGGGCCAAGACGCGUUGUGUGACGUCAUCACAACACGCUUUCAGCCAAAGCCUUCGAUUCAUGUGCGUCGAAAUUGAGUACAGCUAAAAGGUCUCAUUUACCAACAAACAACACUGCGAAAGACAAUUGCAAUUUUGCCAAUUCAAGUAGUUUCUCACAAAAACUCCGGAAGUUGCAUCACAAGUUUGGAAAAAUGCACAGCAAAAUCAAGUAUUAUUUGCCGCAGCAGUCACAAAAAACUGCAAAAUCAUGUACAGACUGCUUAUACAUACAGUACAUUGUUUACGAAAGCUACCUUUCCUAAUUAUCCAAUGAAACUUUAAAGAACCCAUGAUCCACCCUUAUGCAUUAACUGGGUACGUGUAUGGUACAAACUGCAAAUUACUGGUAAUAAUUUUCUUUCUAAUACCUAGAACCAGGCAUAUGACAUUCAACUAAACUGUCCAGGUACUUGCAAGGUGCUUAGAAUAACAUGAUUAUUAUUAUAGUUUAUUUAUACCAAAUAGGUACCUAACACCCCCCCCCCCCCCCCCCCAAGAAAAAGCUGUGAACUGCUGCUUUGCUAUUAAUUAGCCAAUAAUUAAGGAUUGUGACUCAACUUGUUCACAUUUAAGGUGACAAAAAUGGCACAUUAUCAGGCACUGCAAAAAGAAACCAAUAGGAAAAGUUUGGGAAUUUUUUUUGAGGUAAUGGGGAAAUACUGUGGCUGGGGUUAUUAUUUGCAUGCACUGGAUGAAGCUGGUUGGUUAACGUCUGGGGAAUACCAGCCAUGGGUGUGGGGUGUGUAUUUAACCUGGCUGCUCAAAGCUGGCUGCUAUUCAGCUUGUGGAUAAUAACCGAGGUUUGAUAUAAUUGUAGCUCUUCAUAAUAAUAAUAAUGAUAAUAAUAAUAAUAAUAAUAACAAAAAAUUGAGUACAUUUAGAAGGUCUGCAGUGGAGAAGACAAGCAAGAAAAAUGAAGAGGAGUUUUAAAACCUUGUUUAAGAAAAAAUGUCAAGAUAGGCAAGAGGAACGUUUGGUGAGCUCAGAGCCCUCUGGUGCUGCAGAUGAAGAUCCCAGACAACAAACCGAUUGCCCCAUGAACACAACAGACCAGUUUGGUGCAGAUACCCAAAUGUCCCCUCAAGACACAAUCCUUUCAAUUUUCAUAGAUACACUUGCUGGAGACACAUAUUUACAGGAGCUAAAAGCCACAGCUGAGCAGGUGAAACAGUGUGAUAUCAUACCUGAUGGAAAUGAGGGCUCUGACAGCUACUCUCAGUUCAGGUUGAAAGACUACCUCACAGCAGUGGAAAUGUUUGUACAUAAUAACUUUCCUGCACUGCCAACAAACUCACAGCCAUACACUGGGGAAUACCUGAAUGAUGCUAUGAGUUUCAUAUGUAACAAGGUGACUGGCUUAGUUCCAGUCUUAGAAGAUUCGAGACUAGUCAAUUACCUGCUUGACAGUUAUAAUCGUCGCCUGUUUAGCAUGCUGCGCUUCUUAAUGGAUAGAAGUUCAUCAGUAAAAGACUCCUUGUUCCUUCUACAAUGGGUGAAAAAUACAUACUUUAGGCAGGCCCAUAAAGCAUGCCUGAUCACACAGAAUUGUGUGCUCAGUGUAUCAGACCCUCUCCUGCUGGCUGACUGGUUGGAGUAUUCAAAGCAGAAAUUCCUUACACUCCUUCAGGAAAAUAUCUCGACUACACUGCACAGCAUCUUGCAACAUGAUGAACCUAAUGGUGUUUGUUGUGAUGACAGCAGUGAGGAGGCUUUCAUUCAAGUCCAACUUGAUGUCAUACAGUUUCUGAAUGCACAUAUUCAGGCAAGUAAAACAGUCAGCCACACCCUUAAAACUGCUGUUCAAAGACUUUGUUGUGAUGAACUUCACAGUUUCAUACAGAGGUAUGUGAAUGCACAGAGGGCCAACAAGGCAAAUUUACUGAGUCACUUCAGGACAAUUUAUACCUGUAGGCAACUCAGGUCGUAUGCUCUGAGCAUUAUUGAUUCAAACAAUAACACUGAUUCAUCCACUGUCCUGAUGUUAGAAAACAUGGAGACUCAAUCUUUAUUCAGUGCACAGCAGUUGUUUGCAAACAUAGCAAAGGACAAUUUAAAGAAGUAUUUUACCAAAGAGGAUGGACAUUUAAAUAAUAUGAUGAUCAUAAGUCAAAAGAUGCUUGCAACUUUACCGCACAUGGAACAGGGAGAGGAGACAAAAGAGCUUAUUGUAAAGGCAGCAUACCACAGUGUUACCAGAGCAUACCUGCAGUGUUUAAUGCAGAGAAAGUACAAAAAAUUGGAAAAGAGAUGGAACGAUGUGGGAAAGAAGAUAAUGUGCGAUGCUGAACUUUUCCACUCCAAAUUUGCAAAACAGAAUGGAAGUGAUGAUGAGCAGAAAAUUGUCCUGUUGAAAAUGGGUGAGAUUCUGCAGUGCCGUCAUGUAGAUACUCUUAAGCUUAUCUGCUCGGAACUGUAUGUCACAUUCCCUGAGGAGAGUGAGGAGUACAUACCUGCCCUACUGUACUGGAGAGGGGCAUUGUCAAGACGACAGAUUAAGAAAAUAAUUCAUGUGAGUAGGGAUGUUGAAGAUCAUGUCAGAAAUGGAGACCACCUCAGACCCCAUCCCCAUGUGUACUGCUGCUGCUGUCUUUGUUGAAUAUAAUGACAAAGCAGAUGACCAGUGUCUGGCCCAAGACUUUCAUGUGUGCAUGAGUUUUCUCCCCCUUAUGUUUUGUCUAAAGACACUAUUGUAACACUAAUUGAAGGUUUAUGGGAAAUUAUUUUAAAUGGUUUUAACUUUGACAUUCCAGUUAUUGCUCGAUUUAUCGUAUUUAUUUAUAAAUUUUCUAAAUAAUAUGAAUUAUAUUAAUGCUCAUCAUAAUUUUGCUACAUUUUGGUAGUAAUUGAAAGCUAUUCCUGGGGAGGUGGAAUGUUGCAUUGGCCUUCUUGAUGUUAUUUCACAGUUAUUACGUGAUUGUUCAUCAUAUUGCACUGGACCUAUUUACACUACAUUGUGUUUGCCUACGGUCUAACUAAGCUAACAGAUAUUAAGCUUUAACAAUUGAUUUGUUUAAAUAUAAACAGGAAAUGUAUUUCAAAAGGGCAGGGCUCUAUGUGUCAUGUAUCAACAUUUGAUUUAAUUAUAUUAAAAUUGUUUUGAUUCUGUUAAAUUAUUUUUACAUUCAUAUUUAGACCUUGCUGUGUCUGUCUAUUUUCUUACGUUUCUGAAGAGAAUGACAUUAGCUUGUUAGAUUAUUGCCCUAAUUCUUGCUCUCAAGCAACAAGAAACAUGUUACUUGAGUGUUUUAACCUUUUUAAAGCGUUAGAACUCCUUUAUGAAAAUUCACAGCAUUUCCACUUGAGGGCAGCAUUGUAUAUUUUGACUUAAACUAGUGUUAAAGUAAACCAUAGAGGCACGCUUGGAGAAUAUCCAACCACGUUCACAAUGUUCUGUUUUCUUGCAGUUACAAGUUACAAUACAUUACACUGACUCAAUCCAAAUCAGCAAAUUGCCUAAAACCUACUAUCCUUUGCUGAGUUUUCUUACAAUAAUACCAUGGAAGGCAGGAGCUCUGUGCCUCUGUAGCAAAUGUAUCUAUUAAACUUGAUAUAGCAUUAAAAUGA